AAAUCCUCUCCGAGCGAAACAAAGUCUCGCGGGCGCGUUUUUUUAACUUCUUCUCUUUUUUUUAUCUAUCUCGCGGGUGGAGUGGGAGAGGGAGAGGGAGAGGGAAAUCUAGGGUUAGGGUUUGUGAGAUCUCGGGAGGAGGAGGAGGGUAGAGAUGAGGGAGAUUAUAAGCAUCCAUAUAGGGCAGGCGGGGAUUCAGGUGGGGAAUUCUUGCUGGGAGCUCUACUGUCUCGAGCAUGGCAUCCAGCCAGAUGGCAUGAUGCCCAGUGAUACUUCGGUAGGCAUUGCACAUGAUGCCUUCAAUACCUUCUUCAGCGAGACUGGUGCCGGCAAGCAUGUGCCUAGGGCCAUAUUUGUGGAUCUGGAGCCCACCGUGAUCGAUGAAAUUAGAGCUGGGGCUUAUCGCCAACUCUUCCAUCCAGAGCAGCUCAUUUCUGGGAAGGAGGAUGCUGCUAAUAACUUUGCUCGAGGACACUACACAGUGGGGAAGGAAAUUGUAGAUCUCUGCCUCGAUCGUGUCAGGAAAUUGGCAGACAACUGCACUGGCUUGCAAGGUUUUCUAGUUUUCAGCGCUGUUGGUGGUGGCACUGGGUCUGGCUUGGGUUCCUUGUUGUUGGAACGUUUGUCUGUAGAUUAUGGGAAGAAGUCGAAGCUUGGCUUCACCAUCUAUCCUUCCCCACAGGUUUCUACAGCAGUCGUCGAGCCAUAUAACAGUGUUCUUUCUACUCAUUCCUUGCUCGAACACACAGAUGUUGCAGUUCUUUUGGACAAUGAAGCGAUUUAUGAUAUCUGCCGCAGGUCCCUGGAUAUUGAAAGGCCAACUUACACCAACUUGAACCGUUUGAUAUCGCAGAUCAUAUCCUCCUUGACAACUUCUCUGAGGUUUGAUGGAGCCAUUAACGUUGAUAUAACUGAGUUCCAGACCAAUCUCGUACCCUAUCCCCGGAUCCAUUUCAUGCUCUCCUCAUAUGCCCCUGUUAUCUCUGCUGAGAAAGCAUACCAUGAGCAGCUUUCAGUGCCUGAAAUCACAAAUGCGGUGUUUGAACCUUCAAGCAUGAUGGCAAAGUGUGACCCAAGGCAUGGAAAGUACAUGGCCUGUUGUUUGAUGUACCGUGGAGAUGUCGUACCCAAGGACGUCAAUGCUGCUGUAGCAACAAUUAAAACCAAGAGAACCAUCCAAUUUGUCGACUGGUGCCCGACUGGUUUCAAGUGUGGAAUCAACUAUCAGCCGCCCACGGUGGUCCCGGGCGGCGAUUUGGCCAAGGUGCAGCGGGCUGUUUGCAUGAUCAGCAACAACACCGCGGUGGCAGAGGUGUUUUCGCGAAUUGACCACAAAUUUGAUCUCAUGUAUGCCAAGCGUGCAUUUGUUCACUGGUAUGUUGGAGAAGGGAUGGAAGAAGGGGAGUUUUCUGAAGCCCGAGAGGAUUUGGCUGCCCUUGAGAAGGACUACGAGGAAGUUGGGGCAGAGGGUGCAGAUGAUGAUUUGGACGACGGAGAAGAUUAUUGAUUUGCUGGAAUCGUUAAUUAGGGAGUGGUGUUUUUGUGGCUUUUAUCUGUGUCCUUCACUGUUUGUGCAUUAUACUCUUGUUUUACACGAUUAAUAUGGUUUCUUGCUUUGUAUUGUGCUCUCUUUAUUUUUGAAGUUAUCUGUGGCCUUUUAUAUUAUUCAGUUAUUUCAGAUUCAGCAGUGUUAUGAGA